GGGCGGAGCUAAACACGCGGACAUUGCUGGACUUUGUCUGAACUUGUUUUGUUUCUUUGUGGUGAUUUCUGUCUGAAACUGUAAAGCCGACAUGGUUCUGGAGGAGCUGGCGGUCCGUCUGAACGACAGGGAGUAUAAGAACUGGCUGAAGGCAGGUCGGUGUCUGCUCAUACUGAAGGAGGGUCUUCAUCCUUUUAUCACCCACCACAUGAGAGCUUUCCACGGAGACCUUCUCAACCGAAACACCCGGCUGAGGAGACCGUGCGCCACCUCUGCGUGCAAACCAAGAGGGAACCAGCUCUCCUCAGUGUGUAGGUUGUGUUCAGAGUGGCAGACAGAGAUCCUGAAACACCACAGACAGAGAGACGUCACAGUGAACUGGGACAACUGUUUCCCUCCACACUGGAGAACAGACCACUGGGAACUGGCCAAGGCCUACAUGCCUCGGGGUCAGGGCAAAGUGAAGGGGGCAGAUCAAUGUGAUGCCUCUGCUCUGCUUAACCUCAUCAACUACUGUGAUCAUUUCCAGUCUGUGGAUCAUAAAUGUGUGAGAGAGGUGAUCCGUCACAGGAACGAGUUGAUGCAUUCUUGUGAGUUGGGUGUUAAAGACGAGUGGAUGAGGCACUAUCAGACUGCUCUGAGAAACCUCCUGCUUCAGUUCAGACACGUCCCACAGAUGGCAACAGCUGGACGACACAUCGAGGAGAUGCUGACCGUUGAUUUGUCCAUAUGGGUCUCUGGUUUGGACUGUUUGGAUUCUGAUAGCCUGGGAUUAGAGACUGAUACUGUCAGCCAAUGGGUGACCAACGCUGACUUAAUCAGCCAAUGGGAGGCUGAGCUGCUACAAGAGAGGCUAGAGGAGCUCCUACAUGCUGAUGACGACACAAAGGCACAGGACUCUGAGCAGUUGAAGAGUCUGGCUGGUUUCCUGCAGGCCAACAGAGAUCUGGGUGCAAGGUUUUCUGCAGAGCUCCAAACCAUCGGCUCUCUGGAGGAAAGACACUAAGAAGAAUAAAGAUGUGGAGA